AUGUCGGAUACAAUUUUCGGGUUCAAUAAAUCUAACGUCGUCCUGGCCGCAGGAAUCGCCGGAGCCGCUUUCCUCGGCUACUGCAUCUACUUCGAUCACAAGCGGAUCAAUGCACCAGACUACAAAGAGAAAAUUCGUCAAAGUACUUUUUCAAUUAAAAAAAAUCGUAACUGGAUAAUAUUGCAGAGAGACGCGCUCAAGCCGGCCAAGGACUGUCCACUCGCCGUCCAGCCGCCGCUGGAAACGGCGAUGGAGAAGCUCCGGACAUCACUGAUCCAACCCAAAUGCAGAGGUUCUUCCUGCAGGAAGUGCAGCUCGGAGAGGAGCUAAUGGCCGCCGGAAACAUCGAUGAGGGGGCCGUCCACAUCGCCAACGCCGUCAUGCUCUGUGGAGAGUCGCAGCAGUUGCUGUCCAUUUUCCAGCAGACGCUCUCUGAAGAACAGUUCGGCGCCGUCGUUCAACAGUUGCCAGCGACUCGUGAAGUACGUAACACAGAGAGUUUAACAGCUUGAUAGUAUCUUUACGACUUUUGAACAGUUUGCAUAUUUGCACUUUGCUUACUUUCAAAAAACAAUUCCUAAAACAUUGGUAUGCCUCCGAAGAACACCUUUUGCAGAGAGAAAUAAAGAUAAGGUGUUCUUGGGUGGAUAAUACUUUAGAAUCCGUCUCAAAUCAACCUAAGAUGUCGUCUUUUCAGCGUUUGUCAGUAAUGUUCGGCCAGAAAGCGGAUGAGGCAGAGAACGAGCCGCCACUCGUGCAAUACCUCGGAGACGGACCACCGCCAGCUCAGAUUCAGGAACUUAUCGAUGACACCGACGACUUGGAGUAA